AUGAGCUCGAAUCAGGAAUCUCUGACCACCACAGGCGCUGCUGCACAACAGAGGAGAUCGGGCGAGACUGGUCGUCUAAGUUCUGCUAGUCGGCCCUCGGAAGUGGUGGACACUCGUAUGAACCAACAAGACCUUGGGGGCUUCCUUGAUGAGGACGAUACCUCCUUUGCCGACAUGGUCAACAGCAGUCCGGUGUCAGCUUCAAACGAGGCUCCACGAGAUGACAAACAGGGAGCUACGGCUGCUGUCAAUGAUGUAGACUCACAGGAAGAUGAGGAUGAUGAUGGCCCUGAUCUGUAUACCCAGCUGCAAGAUGAUAGUACACCAGUCUUGCCUCGCUUGCAUGAAGGCCAGACUCGAGUUACUAUAGCUAUUGGGAACACCAUAGUGUCGGAGGAGCUCUCUGCAGUAAGGCAGAAGGUGUAUUUCAGCGUCAAGGUCUUGGGCACAGUUUUUGAAGGAAGCAUAGUGGAGAGCCAAGAGGAGAAGUUGGUGUUGGAAGAUGAGGAUAGUAAUGUGAGUGGACCACUAGAGGGAGGGGAGGAGGAAGACGAGGUUGAUGAGAGUGAUGCACCGCCGAUCUAUCCAGCAGGGAAGAAGGGCGCUACGGAGAUCGAAGAAAUGAGUCAGCGGAUAGAAGCGUUAGCAUUGAAAGUUACUCAGAUGGUGACUCUGCCGAACAACACCCAUGUAGGCCUUCCGACCUCUGUGGAGACAUUCCGAGCUGCUGUGGAGCAGAUCAGAACAGCCCUCGACCAGCAUAAGGACGAGGAUACGAGGAAGUCGGUUAUCACCAAACUAAAGGAGGACACUCUUAGGCCAGCCGUCAUAAAGGUAAUUGCCGAUAUGAUCGAGAAAGGACCCUAUUACUAUCAUUCGAUAGAUGAUAGUACCAUAGCCAACUUGAAGGCAGAGGCCUUUGCUAUACUGUCCAGCCACGUUUCGUCGGUCCUGUCAGCGGUCGACGCUUUGAGGAGCCCUCUUGCUAUCACCGAAGACACCUUGAUCAAGUCUAUGCGCCUAGCUUGGGAAGCUGAGUUUGUGUAUCAGAAUUAUACCUUUGCCGCUUGGGAAUACAAAAGGCAAAUCGUUACCAGGCCCCAAAACCCCUCUUUGGACCAAGAAGGUUGGAGAGAAUACAGACAGAGGGCUUGGUUGAGAUAUUCAGCAUUCCUAAGGCGAUGUACUCAACAGAACGUAGCUGCUGAACAUGCCUUACGGGAAGCGGUGAUGCUAGGGUACAAUCGAGAGUUGAGGGAGAUGGAAGGCAUAACUGAUCCAUUAGUGAAUCUCAUCAAGGCAAUCAAUCUGCACGUCCAGGAAGAUAUAGAGGGUUGCCAUCGCUACCUUGGUCUUGCGGCUCGAGACGAGGCAUUCUUCCGAGGGGUCAAGACAGAACAGCAGAUAUUCGAUAAACUAAGGUCCGUCGUGCUUAUGCAGGAGUUGUUGUUGAUGAUGGAGGAUAGGCUCUAUGACGGCGCAGAACACAGAGAGGAUGAGCUCGCCACAGGGCAUGUGGCUGAGCAUUCCCCAAGGUCUACUGAUGAUCCAGAUCCAAGCACUGCCUGCCUGGGGCUGCUUGUCAACCUCCUCCCACCUAGCAGUAUGUCCUUCUUCAGCCACGUCUUCAGACGGUGGUGUGAGUUCCACCAUCUGGUAGCGGUUAGCCUUGCCAAUAAGGGGCGCUGGGAUAAAGCUGCAGAGGUUCUUGAUAGAGUUCUCGCCAUCGAACCUCAACGUAAACCAAGAGAACGAUCGCUACUGCCUGCCCUUGGCCUCACAGGCACGGCUUCGAUUGCCGAAGUGCUGAUCAAGGCCGCGACAGGCGGCCACGGCCUGCAGGAGGAGAGCAACACAGGAACCCAGCCCUUACGGUUACUCGCUGUAUUACGCUAUACUGAUCUGCUUCUCAAGAAGAAGAAGUGGACUCAGGCUCAAGAGUUCCUUAUGGUUACCCACAGGGAAGCUAAGAAGGCCCUAUCAAUGGCUCUGGGACUGGCAGACACAUCGCGACUACCUACCCUAUCAGGCGAGCUGACAAGUGGGCAUCCUAUGUUGCAUGCUGACUGCUGGGGUUUGAUGUCAUUGGUACUCCUACGUGAUGGGCAGCCGUGUGAAGACAGCACACAGCAAUCGCGUGAAUGCUUCGAUCUUUACAUGCUUAAUGAACCUGUGAACGUACAAGUACUGACAGAAGUGGGCUUUGCUUGGUUAUCGAGAGGCAUGCCAUCCCUUGCAGAGGUGGCAGCUUGCCGUGCUCUGGAACUUGACGCUAGUGGCCCUGCACAUUGGCUCUACGGAUGCACCCUAUGUGAACAGAAAGAUGUGAGGCAAGGUCUAUUGGAACUGCAAACAGCUAUCGGCUUGCUAUGGGAUGAUGAGAUACAGCGAGCAGAGAUAGUGGCUGAUGCCGAGAAAUACCUACAGACUGAGGGAGCUUAUGACCCACCCAUGAUGGAAGCCAUUCAUGCGGCCAACAAGGUUGGAGCGGCUCGACAUAUCCAUGUCACGAUCGGAUGCAAUCAGGUGGCACAGAAGAAGCAAGAUUCGACUAUCUCAGCGACUGCUACAUACUGA